CAAAAAUUUGUUGCACUUUAGUCCUUUUUUGUUGUGUCAUGAUUCUCACAAAACUUAUGAACUGUUCUGUCCCAACUGCACCUCGUGCAUAACCCGGAGGGUCAUCCUGAAGAAGAGGAAAAGGACAGUAAGAACAACACCCACCGAUGAACCGUCAAAGAGACCGUAUAUUGAAGGACAGGUGUCUCCUGUUACUUUGCCUGAUAGGGUUGAGGAAGAAUCACCGGACGUAUUCAGAUGUUUGUCAUGCUUCUCCUUCUUCAUUCCAACAGGAUGCAGUUUCAACAUGUUCCGCAUAUUUGGGAGGAGAGGUGGACGGACAACCUGAUGUUCUGCCUCCUCCUGCAUCAGAGGACACGCCUCCUCGCUCUGAAAAUUGCACAAGCUGGCUUCUGUCUUGUUUCCAGACAGGAGAUAGCCCAUACCAACCUCAUCCUGCUGAUCCAAUGACGGUGCCACUGCUGCCCGGGAACACAACCACAGUAACUGAAUCUCAAUCUAGCACAUCACAUGUUUAUCAUAGUCAAGGCACAGUUGUAAAACCAGAGCAUCCGACAGUCGAAUCACCUUCGGAGAACCAAGCUGAUCCUGCAGAUUCACCAAGGACUCCAUCGUUACCUGGUAUGGCGACUCCCGGUGGUGUAACCACAACGACAACUGAAACCAACGAAUCACAUGUUCAGCAUAGUCAUGGCACACAGCAGUUGACAGUUGACUCAUCUUCCCAACAUCAGAAAACCACCACUACAGUUGAAGACAACGAGACUACAACUACAGUCACAUCAGAAAAGAAUACCACAUCUUCUAAAACCACAACAGGAGCACCUAGCGCAUCACCUCAAACAUCAUCCUCUACAGAAUAUUUCAGGCAAGACGUAUCAGAAGUGGUGACCGGUAAAAUGCCUUCUGGUGGAGCUAUCAUGGAUCCAACUCACCCCCAAAUUAGCUACAAAGAUACUCACGGAACUUCAGAGAAUGGCUCAUUUCCCAGCUAUGCAAUUCACACACCAGACUUCAAGUUCGAUAGCCCCAUUGCGACAAAUAUCACACAAGGUUUCACCCCGAGGGGCGAUAUACCAACUUCGUCGAAUCCUCAACCAGCAAACCCAUAUCAUGUUGUGGUGCCAGUCUUGGGAGGUGUGAAUCAGGUUGCUCCUAGACAGCAACAGAGGGAUGAUUGGGAUAUACUGAAAGCGAUAGUGUAUGGAGGCUUAGUGGAGUCAGUCACCAGCCUCUCCGUUGUUUCGGCAGCAGCGUCAAGCGGCGCCAAAACAUUGGACAUAUUCAUCCUGGGAAUAGCCAACCUUAUUGGAGGCCUUCCUCUCAUUUUCCACAAUAUCACUGAUCUGAGAGACAUCCGAGACGUGGACGGGAACGACGAGCAGGUCGGCCACUACUGGCUGCAGCUCGGGAAGCGGUCGAAAGCCCGGCUCCACAUGGUCAUGGCCCUGCUCUCAUACAUGGUGUUCGGGCUGCUCCCGCCGGUCCUCUACGGGUUGUCGUUCCGCGAGAGCAACGACCAGGAGAACAAGAUGAUGGCGGUCGCCGGUGCUUCGCUAGCCUGCAUCGCUCUGCUGGCGCUCGGAAAGGCACACGUCCACACCAGGACCUACUUCAAGACCCUCAUGUACUACCUGAUGAUCGCCGUGAGCUCAUCGGGUCUGUCGUACGUCGCCGGCGUGCUGAUCACGCGGCUACUGGUGCAGUACGGAAUCAUUGAGCAAGGCGGCUCGGCUCGUUCUCCUCCCGGGCUGUCGUUGCGGUUCGCUUAUGCUGCUGGUGCAGAGUCGUCUGCAUGGGCCUCAUUCUGAAAAGUCUGAAGUUCCUUGGAGCACGUCCUGGUGGUAUAAAAAGGGAAGAAAUGAGCGAGCUCGAGAGAAAGUGCCUGCAACUGCACGAAGAAACAUCUGAAGGCUCUUUGAGUUGCUGCUACCUGCUAGCUGUUUUGUUGUAGUUUUGGUGUACACUUGAAGCUUUGAUGCUUCUCAUGGUACUCUGGUGAUCUUUGUCAGCAUGUUUUUGAGCAGGAAGAAGAAGAAGUUCAGUGUCACAUACUCUGAAAAUAUGCCAUGUUGUAACUCACCUGUUCUUGAUGAAGCAGAAUAUGCCAUGUUUUCAGGAGUUAUAAUUAUACUUUGGGUA